AUGUUUUCCUCGGUACCUCAGCCUCAGAAUCCGGAAGGGAACUCGUAUGCUGUAUCCGCCGAUCACCUUGCGCCUUUCUCCACGUACAGUAGAUUCGUUGGUUUUACCAAUGGCUUCUUCCUUUAUUAUGAUGAACGUCUCUUUGACGGGCUGAAAGGUUUAGUGACUCCCAGCACAGGACAGUCCUUGACCUUACCAAGAUUGAAGUGGAGGGUGAGGAGGAAUGGAAGCAGAAGUCAUCUUCUUGGAUAUGACCCCAUUGCUAAAGAACUGUCAAUGGCCUAUCGGUGUGAACUAAAAGAUUGUCAUGGAGGAAGGUCCAAUGUUGCAUUCCACAUUGGCCUACUCCCAAGUCUAUAUGCAUCGGUGGUGUUUACUGAGAAGUUCAGCUGCGUGAAGUUCUCCGGAAUUUCUAGUAAAGCAAAGCCUGCAUCACAAACUCUUGUCAACUACAAUGGCAAAUUAGGUUUGCUCAUGUCGGAAGAUUUUAGUUGUGUUUAUGGAGGAAGUAAAAGUUUUGAGCUGUGGGUUCUACGAGACGCUGCGAAACAUGAAUGGUUCACGCAUGUUUACGUGCUACCUCUUUUGUGGAAAGCUGUGGUUACAGAUACCAUGUGUUUUGAUGGAAUGGUUGGUACAAAUGAGAUCGUAUACUGUCGGCGUGCAACCGAGACGUGCAUUCCUAUGUCAUAUACUACAAUGUCGAGAGCAAGACGAUCACAAAAGUUGGAGUCCAAGGAAUUGAAGCCUUUCAGGGUAAAGAAUGUGAAGCUUCUUUAA